AUGAUCACACCAAAUACAGAAGCUUGUCUCAUUGUUAUGGGACUUGAGUGCAUCGCUGGACUAUGCUCUAGUGUCAUCAUAAUACUUUAUCUCACUCUUACCAGUUUCAGGGAAAGAAGAGUCACAUCCUGCAACUGUAUCCUGAUAUCGCUAAGUCUUUCCAACGUGUGCUAUACCAUUACAUCAUCUGCAAACUUGCUAGUCACCUUUGUUUGGCCGGAGUUUUUAAGCGUGCCGUAUGUUUUUCAUAUUAUCUACUAUAUGAUCUUAUGCAACCUCACCUCCAACUCGUCACUUUCUGCCAUCUUGAGCAUCUUCUAUUUUAUAAAAAUCCAACAGUUUCAGACCAGAUUCCUUUCCUGGAUAAAGAUGAAAAUUGAUACGAUGGUCCCUUGGUUGAUACUAACUGUCCUCUUUGUGUCUUUGCUUUGCGCUUUCUUAUCAAUACUCAUGUUUUAUUUAGAACCGCCUAACAACUCAACCAAUGCCACAACCGGUCUUGGCUUAGAGCACCAGAAACGGAAGCUGCAUUUGAUGAAACCCACAGCCAUAUUAAAUGCCUUACCAUUCAUGAUUUCACUGUUGUCAGCAUCUGGAAGUGCAUGGUUCCUGAAGCAGCAGAGAAGUGCCGGAAAAUUUGGCAACACCAAAGUUAAAGACUAUCAAAGCGCCGUCCACACUAUGAUCUGCCUUGUUAUUUUUUAUGCCUUAAUGUACCUGUUUUAUGCUUUGCAUGUGUUGCAAAUAUUUGCUUUUAAGAGCUGGGGGUACUGGAUGUGUGUGAUCGUAGGAUACUCAUUUGCUGCAAUUCAAUCUGGUCUCAUUAUCAGAGGAAACACCAAAAUCAAAGAAGCAUUGAGACAAUUAUUUAGUUUUAGAUACAUUCUGAAUCUUCAAGAUUGUUGA